AUGGAACAUAUCAUUCUUAGCCAUGUUUCAAAGCACUUAGCAUAUCAUGAUAUUCUAAUUAAUGAACAACACGGAUUUCGCAAACUAUUUUCGUGUGAGACUCAACUAAUUACGGCAAUCAACGAUUGGGCAAAAAGUAUCAACCAGAAGAAACAAACCGAUGUGAUUCUCUUAGACUUCAGUAAAGCCUUUGAUUCUGUUCCUCAUCUUCGUCUGAUGUCCCAAUUAGACCAUUAUGGUAUUAGAGGACUUUCCGCCAAUUGGAUCAAGGCUUUUCUUUACAACCGCUCUCAAGUUGUCUCGGUUAACGGCUCCCACUCUCACCCUCAACCUGUCAUAUCUGGAGUACCUCAAGGAACAAUUCUCGCACUUGUCUUAUUUCUUCUCUAUAUAAACGAUAUUUCUGAGAAUAUUAAAUCCCAAAUUCGCUUGUUUGCUGACGAUGGAAUCAUUUAUAGAGAAAUUAAUAACGAUCAGGACCACGUCACGUUACAAGAGGAUUUAGACAAUCUAAAUAAUUGGGUAACAAGUGGCAACUAA